UUCCUCCAAACCAGUUCCAACAAUAACAGCAACUCCUGCGUGCAGCUGCCUCGUUAGGGAGAAGAUGUAUUUUUCCUUUUUCUACUGAGGGAUGAAGCUUCCGAAUCAGUGUGAUGUGAGCAGGUGAGGAUGUCUGCUGACAAGUCCAAAUGAUAUUUUCAGGUGUUCUACUGAUCUUGGCACUGACAGAAGAGCUGGUUUUUUCUGUCCAGGUACUGUCUCCCACAGUCUCCUCCUCUCAGGGCUUCCCGAUGGACACUACCACAGUCACAGCCAUGGGAACGACACCUCGCCACGCGGCAGAGCCCCUUCCCACAUCCACUCAGGCCCUCCCCCAUCCCAGCAGCCUGCCGGAGACAGCCCGUCCCACCGGGCAGAAGCAAGUGAGCAGCCCCCACCCGGCUGAACAGGAAACGUAUCAUUUAUACAACCAGAGCGCUUUGUACACGGGACAGACUCGCCCCAAGGGGAAAAUAUUCCAGGUUUUCAAAGGCAACUUCUCGGAGUCCUCAGAGCCUUACCUAAAGACAGCCCUGCACUCUCCCUUCCCUACCCUGAGGAGCCCUUUCACAGACCACCCGUUCCAGUCCCAACCCACAGCAUCCAGCGAUCCCAGUGGCACGGGGCUGGCAAGAACUACACACUCAGACCCUUCUCCCCACCGGGGCGCCUCAGGGAGCCUUAGGGAAGCAGAGCGAGGGGAUGGGGCUGAGCUAGUAGUGCAGGAGGCAGAUUUUGCCACCACAACUGCUGGACCAUCAACUGAUCCUGAAGCAGUGUCGGUGCCUUUUAAACCCACCCACUACGGUGUUUGGGAUAUGCUCAGCAAAAACAACUCUUGGGUGACCUUGAAUCUCAGUACAAAUGUCCCCCUGUUUGCUGGUCCUGGAUCUGCAACAGCAGCAGCAGGUCACUCGGUUCAGACCAGUUUUGACAUCAGCAUCUCCUCCCCAGCAGCUGGAGAGCCCGAGGGACCUGCUCCAGCACAGCAUGGUGAGGUGACUAACACGACCUUGCUGGGCAGUCCUCUCUCCACAGUACCCACCACAAGGUUGUCCAGUUCCAUUUCCACAGCUGGCUCCACCGCCACUGGGAACUUCCUAAAUAGACUGGUUCCUGCUGGGACCUGGAAACCUGGAGUGCAAGGAAAUAUCUCCCAUGUCACUGAGGGGGACAAACCUCAGCACAGAGCAACCAUCUGUCUCAGCAAGAUGGACAUUGCCUGGAUCAUUCUGGCUAUCAGCGUACCUAUAUCCUCAUGUUCAGUUCUGCUGACAGUCUGCUGCAUGAGGAGGAAGAAAAAGACAUCUAACCCAGAAAACAACCUGAGCUAUUGGAACAAUGCUAUUACCAUGGACUACUUCAAUAGGCAUGCUGUAGAGUUACCGAGAGAGAUCCAGUCCCUGGAGACUUCAGAGGACCACCUCUCAGAGCCGCGAUCUCCUGCCAAUGGCGACUACCGUGACAGCGGGAUGGUCCUUGUGAACCCCUUCUGUCAAGAAACACUGUUUGUAGGACAUGAGCAAGUCUCUGAGAUAUGACCUCAUAGCUGCCCACCACCAUGUAUUGCAGUUUCAUCUCUACUGUCUCCAAAUUAUAAAUAAAUAUAUAUAUUCUAAAUAUAACCUUUGUGUAACCCUGAAUUACAAGAACUGUUUUCAGCUUUUCCUUUCUCCCUCAGAGUUGUCAGCCCCUUUUUUAUAAGUGUGGUAAAACUUUACAGAACAAACCGUGGCUUUAUAAAAUAAAGGUAUUUCUAAGCAAAA